GGCGCCCAUCUCUCUCCCCACCUGUCUACAUAUCGCCGCACCGCACCGCGCCUCCUCCCCGCGUCUCUAUCUCCGCCCACGCCCGGCCAUAUAGCUAGCGAGCCAGCAGCACACAUUCCCAUCACGAAUCCUCCUCGGGCUUGGCCGAAUUCCCACGCCAACUUCACACCGCACCAGAUUCGCGCCGCGCCGCACCGCACCGGGCGAGCCGGCCACGCGCGCUCGCGCUCUAGGCAGAGCUAGCUAGCUGCGGCACGCACACACACAGAGCUGACCCUACUCCGGGAGAUAUACCAGUUGAUCGGCCACGAGAGGAAGCUAGCUAGGUAGCUUGCCAACUAGGAGGCGAAGGGCGGCCGGCCGGAGGCGCGAUCGAGGUGGACGGACGGAGGCGAGAGCUCGCCGGAGAUCAUCAUGUUCGAGGGGAUGGAGCGGGCGGGGUACGGCGUGGGCGCCGGGGUGGUGCUGUCGCGGGACCCCAAGCCCCGGCUGCGCUGGACGCCCGACCUGCACGAGCGCUUCGUGGAGGCCGUCACCAAGCUCGGCGGGCCCGACAAGGCGACGCCCAAGUCGGUGCUGAGACUGAUGGGCAUGAAAGGGCUCACCUUGUACCACCUCAAGAGCCAUCUUCAGAAAUACAGGAUGGGAAAGCAGAGCAAGAAAGACACAGGCUUCGAAACCAACAGAGGAGCCUUCGCCGCGCAGGGUAUCAGUUUCUCCUCGGCGGUGCCUCCAAACGUUCCGUCCGCCGGAAACAGCAACAUGGGGAAAUUUUAUACCGACAUCACAAAAUGCUGGAUCAGUCCCGUCAAAGAAAAAUGCUGCAUCAGUCUAUCUAUACCGAAUCAGUUUAUGUAUUUCUUCACACUCAACGAGCAAGUAACAUAUGAAAUGUCGCCGAGAAACGCCACUCGCGGAUGCUUUAAGAUAUCAAAUCGAAGUCCAAAGGAAGCUGCACGAACAGCUCGAGGUUCAGAAGAAGCUGCAGAUGCGCAUCGAGGCGCAAGGGAAGUACCUGCAAACGAUCCUGGAGAAGGCCCAGAAGAACCUCUCCUACGAAGCCGGCGGAGACGCAACCCUAGAGACUACCAGGUCGCAGCUCACCGACUUCAACCUAGCCCUCUCGGGGUUCAUGGACGACGCGACGCAGGCGUGCCAGCAGAACGGCGGGGAGCUGGCCAAGGCCCUCUCCGACGACGGCCUCAGAGCCGGCAACCUGGGCUUCCAGCUCUACCACGGCGGCGACGACGUGAAAUGCGCCACCGACGAGGACCUGCUCCUGCUGGACCUGAACAUCAAAGGAGGGUACGAUCACCGGCUGUCCGCCCACGGCAUGCCGCGCGGCGCGGUGGACCUGACGGUCGGCCAGCACCGGAGGUAAAAAUGUGUUUCGGUAGAAGGGCGAGCGUAGUUUUUAAGUCGAGCAGUUGAGCUCCCUACGAGAGAUUCUUUUGGCAGUCCCGAGGAUGCUUGUUUACGGUCUGGUUACACUUUAUACGUACGUACCUAUGCUGAUGUAAAAUCUGUGGAAAUUGAGAUCCAGGCUUCGAAUAAGUGUAGCUAGAUGAUGAUCGAGUGUGAGAUCUGAUUGCACUGUGUACGUACCUCCUAAAAUUCUGAUCGACUACUAGAACAUAGCAUCAUGGAGUGUUUUUGCUGCUGUUGAGGGAUGGCAUUAUGAGGUGUUGCAUGCAACAGACCAGGCACCUUCAAGAGAUUCUGUCUGUCUUGUAGUAGUUGGGUUCAGUAGCUCUGUUCCUAUGUAUGAAAAUGAUAUCUUGUUCCUAAUGUCUUGUCGAGUAAGCAGAUCACAUUAUUGGCU